AUGGACUUUUUCCUGUCUCCGCAGUGCGGCGCGCGUGUCAGCAGACUGCUAGCCGAUCAUCACGUCGUCGGUCUGGCCGUGUCGCUGGUCCAAGGCCGACGACUCGAGAGCAGGGCAUAUGGCAGGGCGGCACUGGAUCCGCCACGAGACUUCACCGCUGACACCGCUGUGCCCGUCGGCUCGGCGGCCAAGUGUCUGACUGCCGCCGCCGUCGCGCUCCUGGUCGCCGACGACGACGCUCACCCGGAUGUGCAGUGGGAGGCGGAGAUGCGGCACCUGCUACCCGCUGACUUCGCGCUGCCGGGCGCCAGCGACGUCGCUGUGUCCGAUCUGCUAUGCCAUCGCACCGGCCUGCCACGGCACGAGCUGGCGUUGCUCGGGAGCGGAGCGGCGCGACCGGACGAUGCACGGUCAAUCACACGCAAGCUUCGACACUUGGCUCUCGCCGCCCCGCCGCGCCACUCCUUCAUCUACUGCAACCUCACCUACACCGUGGCCAGCUAUCUCGUCGAGGCCAAGAGCGGCGAUCCCUUUGCCGCCUAUCUCGAGCGCCGUCUGUUUGAGCCGCUGCACAUGCACUCGACAUGUCUGGGCCACGCGCGGGCGAAGGCGAAGGCCUUGCGCAUCGCCGAAGGCUACUCCUGGGAUCGCAAGUCCAAGCAGCAUUGUGUGAUGCCUCACAUUGAUGGUGCUGAGCUUCAGGGAGCCGGCAAUAUCUUCUCCACGGCCGGAGACUAUGCGAAGUGGAUUCGUGCCAUGAUGCAGCGCGAAGACCCAAUCACUGAACACGUCUUCAAUGCCCUCACCGAGAGCCGCAUCUGCCAAGACGCUGACCUAGAUCUUUUCUACGCAUUUGGCUGGGACGUCCGCCGCUACCAAGGCCAUACGCUCCUUCUGCACAACGGAGGAGAGGCAGGAAGCGCGACAGUUCACUUCUUCAUCGCCGACCUCCAGUUCGGAGGUGCCAUCGUGAGUAAUUCAGCGCAUGCUGACAGCCUCCUCGGCCAGCUCAUGUACCUAUUCAUCGAUGAGGCCCAGCGUAGCACAUCGUCUCCGUCCGUCCACGACAUGUCGCAGCUAGCGCUGGAAGAAGAGUGGCCCGACACCGCAUCCGAGUGUGGGUCGGUGGCAUCGAGCGAGGAUCACGUGUAUUCUAUAGAUGACGCUAUGAGAGAGGAAGAACAGAUCGUGCAACAUCUCUGUCCAGGCAUUAAGACUUUUCAGCCCUUGCUGCUGCCACUCGAAGUAUAUACCGGACGAUACUGGAACCCCGGCUACCAACAAAUCAUUCUACAGGCUCGAGCUGAUCAAUUGUUUGCAGAUUGUUCGGAGCGGUCCUGCGGCUUCACCUUAACGUACAAGCACAUCUGCGACAAUACCAAGUUCAUCGCUUACAUGAGAAUGGCCGAAGGAGGCAAUGACAUCCCGCUCUCCGCUGUGUUCGAGAUUGAGAAUAACAGGGCGUGGAAAGUGGGCAUCAGACUGGAGGAUAUGCUGCCCCAACACAUCUGGUUCUCGCGACUUGAAGACUCAUCGAUCGAUGGCAUCUGA